CUCUCUCUCCCUCUCUCCCUCUCUCUCUCUUUCGAUCUCUCUAAGCAAAGUGAGCUUGGCUUCGCCGCGAAUAAAUACUCUCCGGUACCGGAAAAUUAAAACUCUCACUUUCUUCUCCGUUUCGCGAUGCUCGGCACGGUUGUGCGGCGGUGGUUUGGCCGGUGAUCAUAUCUCGCCGGAGAGAUGAGCCAAUCGAAACUGACGAGGACUCAAUCGUCGCUGCUCAGAUCGUCUCCGACGAUUCGAUCGUCGAUUCACAGCCUCUCCUCGAUCAACGAAGCCUCUCGCGACGAUCUCGAAGCCGGCGGCGAGAAAGAGGAGAAACAGAGGAGGAGUAAAAAACAGAGCAAACCAAUAAACCGAACCGGUUUAAGUUUAAUCCGAAUCAAACCGGGUCUAACCACCUUCACACUCGCAUCUUUCUUACUCUUCUCCGUCUUCUUCUUCUCCUCCUCUCAGACCGGUACGUCGGAGAAUCUACUCCUCGGUUUAAUCUUCCUCGCCGUCGCUCUCUUCUUCGCGUCGCGAAAUAUGGCGGUUAUCAACCGGACCGUCCUCGCGAUCAAACGAACCGGUAAAAAAUUAACUCUACGAACCAAACCGAAACCGGUUCAAUGGUACAUCGGCGAUUCUAAACCGGAACAGACCAAACCGGAGGAAGUAAACAGACCACCCUUCGGAGUACGGUUCUUCACUAACGGAGAUAUCUACGAGGGUGAGUUUAACGGAGGAAGAAGCCAAGGAAGCGGAGUUUACUACUAUUACGUUAACGGACGUUACGAAGGAGACUGGGUCAACGGGAGAUACGACGGUUACGGGAUCGAGUCUUGGUCCAAAGGGAGCAAGUACAAGGGACAGUACAAGCAAGGAGCUAGACACGGUUACGGUGUUUACUGGUUCUACACUGGAGAUUCUUACUCGGGAGAGUGGUUCAACGGUCAGAGCCAUGGGUUCGGUGUUCAGACAUGCGCUGAUGGGAGCUCUUAUGUCGGAGAGUUUAAGUUUGGUGUCAAACAUGGACUUGGGUCGUACCAUUUCAGGAAUGGUGAUAAGUACGCAGGAGAGUAUUAUGGAGACAAGAUCCAUGGGUUUGGUGUUUACCAUUUCGCUAAUGGUCAUUAUUACGAAGGAGCUUGGCAUGAAGGUCGUAAACAAGGGUAUGGUACGUAUGGGUUUAGAACCGGAGAUGCAAAAUGUGGUGAAUGGGAUGAUGGUCAUCUCGUUAACCGGCUUCCUCUAGAGAUCGGACCGGUUCAUAAAGCUGUUCAGAGUGCUCGAGAGAUGGCGAGAAGAGGCGUGGAUCAGAGACGGGUGGAUGAGCAGGUGAUGCGAGCUGUAGCUGCGGCUAACAAAGCUGCAACGGCUGCGAGAGUUGCAGCUGUGAAAGCAGUUCAAAAUCAGAUGGAUGGAAAACUUUGUGAACGAUGAAAGGGACAAAGUUAAAGAUGACGUUAACAAAGGGUGUCUUUUUUUUAUUUGUAGCCCUUUGUGAUCUUGAAACUAUGAGAAGUUUUCUUUUUAACUAAGAAUGUAAAUGUAUAUAGAAGAAGUCGUGUUCUGUUCAUCUUUUUUUUUUGUACAAAACUUAUGUGGUUGAUUGAUCUGAAUCACUGACAUAUAGAUUUGUUUAGUUUUGCUUGAAAUCAAUCUGAAAAUCGAAUCUAUGUUUGGUUUCGUACUUGA